AAAUGGCAACUCACUAUCUCUCAACAAGAUUCUACUGAGACUCUAAAAGGCUGAACUUUUCCAAACCAGGUAUCCCAACAAGAAGUAUAAAACAGUUCCUUCUUCUAACCAUUCAAAACAUUGUGAUAUGUACCAAAAUUCAGAAAUUUGAACAGGAAUUCCUGAAACACAAUGGAAGAAGAGGAUGAAGCCAAUCUUAUGGCUGAGUUAGAAGAGGAAACUGAUGAAGCUGUGAAGCAUCAACAAAAUGGAGAGUCAGCAGAGCCAAUUGAUGAUGACAUUCAACACACAGUUGGGCAACUACUGCAUUCCAAGUCCAAACAGAGACAUAACUUGGUACGUAAAGAUUCAAAAAGGGACUUAAGUAUAGAGGAUAUAGUGAGUAAAGCUCUGCAAGCAGAGAGAAACCAUUGGAAGGAAAGGUUACAAAUGUCAAUGCAUGAGAUUGACAGACAACAUAAAGUCAUACUAACUACACAAGGUGGAUUACAGGAAUUAGUAAAGUCACUGAAACAUUCAACAAUGAAACAUGUGGUGUUUAACGAGGAAGAAGAAGACGACGAUAGCAAUGAUGAUCUUGAUCAUGAAGUGGUUACAGCAAGACUGAUGGAAAACUUGAAGUUUCAGGUCAGACAGUUAAGAGUCAAAGCUGGUGUGUCUGAGGUCUCCAAAACAGAAAUUGAAGAAAGUAAACAGAAGCAUAGAAUGUUGGUGAAAGAGUUAAAAGCAAAGGCUGAGAGUCUUCAAGAUGAAAAGGAAACACUGGAAUUAGAUCUACGUGAUAAGAAUGAAAAAAUUGCAUUCCUGACAAAAGAAAAUGCUGCACUUUACAGGCAGUGUCAGAAACUACAGAAGAUUAUAGCCAAAUAUAAUGAGACUCACUGUGGAGCUAAUUUCCAUCUCAAUGCUAUGGACAAACCAAAAGAGACCUUGUAUGAUAAGAAACGUGAAAAGAGGUAUUCCACCACUUCUUAUGACUCAUCUGAAAGUACAUUAAGUACAGUACGUGAAAGAACGUAUGUUGAAGGCGAUCAGCUUGCAACAUAUCCCUCCUCUCUUGAAGAAUCAGCCAUCAUAAAAGACAGACUUAAGAGAAGUAUCUACUCAGCAAGAAAUGGUGAUUACAGAUCUAGCAAUGUGGCACAGUGCAUUAGGUGUCAGAAACUGUUCAAGCCAGUUGAAAAUACACACAAGUCAUGUCAGUUUCAUCAUAAAGGAAGAGAGAUAAAGGAAAAAUUUCAAGAGAAUGGAAAGCUUGAAAAAGUAUUGUAUAAAUGGUCUUGUUGCAAAAAGCCAUUGGAUUCUCCUGGAUGCUGUUAUGGUUUCCACAUUUAGUUUGAAAUUUAUUUGGAAAAAAAGCCUUUAUACUUUAUAUAAGUUUGUAGAUAAUGGUAUAGCACCAUACCUAAGUCUAUGAAAAUUGGUUCAAAGUCAUCAUUAUAGAUUUGACUAUAUUUAUAAAACAGUAGAAUAUUAAAAUGUAUGAGCAAUUUAUGUAACUUAGUUGAGAUAACAAGAAAUAUGUUUUGGUAAAAACCAACAUACUGAACUUGAUAUGAAACUUUUGCUGAAUAUAAUAAUAUUCUGUUAUGAGACUUAAAUUGAUCUACUGAAUAUAAGAAUAUUGGUAAAAGCCAUGGUAUGAAACUUUGCUAACUAUAAGAAUACUGGUAAAAAGCAAUACAUUUGUAUCAUGAAACUUUGCUGAAUAUACAUGAUGAUUGUGGUUAUUAUGAAACUUUGCUGAAAAUAAGAAUCUUGGGAAAAUAUUGGGGAAAAAUCCAUAGUAUGAAACUUUACUGAAUAUAAUAACUUGUAUCAUAGUUUGGGGACCUUUCUGUUGAAAAUGUGUCGGAGUUAAAUUGUUUACAUAUACAUGCACAGUACUGGAGUUAACUGGAGUGCAGGUAUUAGUUACCCGCACUCCAGAGCAUGUCCAUUGAUUGGCUCGUUUUUGCUGGGGUUUAAUUAUUGUGACGGCAGAGAAAAGGAAAGCGACAGAAAUAUCACAUUCAGAUACUCCUUCAUUGGUUACUUUUUUCUGGGACAACAGGGAACGUGUUUUUAUUUUUGAUUAUGAUACAAAAGAUAAAGAACAUCAAAAUACUCGGCAAUCUGAUUUAUACUCACGGGGACAAAUCAGUUAGCCUCGUGUUUUGAUGCUCUUUCUAUUACAUAGAUUUGUUAAAGCUGUGGUAUCAAACUUUGUGUGAACAUUAGAAAAUAAUUUUGUUAAAGCCAUAUGAUAUGAAACUUUGCUGAAUAUUUGCAAAUUUAUUAUAGUUGUUGUAUAUGGUAUUUCGGAUACUUUGCUGAAUAUAUGAAAAUUUGUUAAAACCAUAGCAUGAAACUUUGCUUUAAUGUAUGAACAUCUGUAAAUACCAUAAAAUUCUCUUAUCCCCCAUUUAAGCUUUCUUGUUGGUCACAAUUUAAAUAGACUGUUUGUUAAUAUUUGCACAAAUUCACAUGUUGGUCAGGGUAGAGUGUUUGAUUAAUUUUUCCCAUCAUAUAUUUUUGCUUCAAUUAGUGUGAAUGUGAUAUUGUAAACUGAUUUAAUAAAUUUUACAGACUGUUUAAAUCUUAAAAGUUUAUAUCAUUGCAAAAGCUUCAAUUUCUUAACAUUCUUAGCUUCACUUUUCAAAGAAGGAAGUGGAGUUAAUAUAGUCUCAUCAGGGUUGGUUUAAUCUGUUCAUUAAUAUUCAUUUUUCUCAGAAACUAGAAACUUCACUUCAAACUUGCUAUGCAUGUUCAUUAACAUAAAAGAAUGCCAUUUAAAAGAGCAAAAUAUACCAGAUUUUUUUUCCAAAGUUAUGCCCCCUUUUCAACAAGGACUUUGAGCCCUGGUAAGCCUUUUUGUUUUAUGUUCAGGUCCAUUUUCUCCAAAGCUAUCAAAGUUAUUCCCUUCAAACAUGAUCAUUAUGAAAACAAACACCAAAAUUUCUAAAAUAAAUUUUGGCAAGGUGUAGCCCUUUUCUUCUUUAAUUUGAUUUAAUUUUUUUUUUUGCUAAGGGUAAUUGCUACAAAAUGUAAUAGAUUUCAAACUUUGAACACCCUUGUCCCUUGGCUACUUCUUUUUAUUUUACUACCCAGCCCCAAGAAAAGUGGAAGGUGCUGUCAGGGAACAGGUGUUGUUUAUAAUUGCAAUUCUACAUUUUAUAAUCAUUUUAUAAUAGAAAUUUUUUAUGUGUUUCUGUGAUCCAUAAUGUAUAUUGAAUAUACUUUUGUCUGUACCAUAGUUGUUAAAAAAAAUCUGUAAUGUGAAA